CAGUUAAUAUCCAGGUCCCCAGUAAACAUCUUUGUACCUUCUCUAUAAAACUGUUGUGCUACUGCAUGGGACCACGGAGCAAAGGCAGAAACAUCAGCUGCAAUUCCAGUGAAAUUAUCAGUCUAGCCAAGGACAUACUGUUGAACUCCAGCACAGAACAGUAGCUAGUCGCAGUGGCAGUGGCAGCAACUUGUCAGGAGCGUAAGUCUGCAAACAGCCAAGACAAAGUGAACAGAGAUCAACCAACUGAACAGAAAAUGACAGCUGCAGCAGCUCAGGAACUUGACGAGCGAUGUUUCCUGUCGGCGCAGUCCAUGCCUAGUCUGAAGGUAUCCGAACACUUCCAGGUGGUAAAGCUCCUGGGAGAGGGAUCCUACGGAAAGGUCAUGUUAGCUGUACACAGAAAGAGAGGAACCCCUAUGGCUCUGAAGUUCUUCCCUCGUCAGUCCACCUCGCUCACCUCUUUCCUGCGUGAAUACAACCUUUCCCUUUCUUACUGCACCCAUCCUUCUCUGACACGGGCCCUCGGCAUCUUCUUUUCCACACCGUCCUACUAUGUCUUUGCCCAGCAAGCUGGUCUAUACGGUGACCUCUACAGUGUGAUAGUGUCAGAGGUUGGGGUGGAUGAGGAGUGUGUCCAGAGGGUGAUGUCCCAGCUGAGCGGUGCAGUUACUCAUCUCCACUCCCUGGGCUUUGUCCACCGUGACAUCAAACCUGAGAAUAUCUUCCUGUGUGACAGUUCCUGUCGCUGGGUCAAACUGGGUGACUUUGGCCUCGCCCGGGCCAUCGGCUCCAGCGUUCGUGCUGUCUGGUACGAGUCGCCCUUCUGUACUCCGGAGGUGGAACCUGCCAAGGAGGCUGAGAAGGAGUGGGAGAGGAGGGAGUGCGAUGGGACUGAAGAAGAAAUGGAGGACAUUUGGAUAACAGUGGAGCCCUGUAUUGACAGCUGGGCCCUUGGUGUACUCGUCUACUGCCUUUUAACUGGCUGCUUCCCCUGGGAGGAGAGCACCCAUGAUGACCGUGGCUACCGUAGAUACAAGGAGUGGUUUGACCGUGAGGCUGAAAAUGAGGUGAGGACCAGCAGUGUUGAGUGGAUUGGUGAGGAGGAAACAGACAGUCACACAAUCAUGGAGGAGAACCAAAGGGACAACCCUCCUCCCUCACAGUUUGAGGGCCUCAGCCCACUAGUGAUGUGUCUUUUCAAGGAGCUGCUCCACCCGGAGCCCAAACACAGAGGAAGCCCCGAGGAGAUCCUGAGCUACCUGGGAGGGCCAUGGCUGAUGGAGACGGAGAGAGAGGAGAAGAGGAAGGCAGAGGAGGCAGAGAAGGAAGCUAGAAAAAUAAGAGAGGGAGGAGGAGGAGUAGCAGAGGAGCUGGUGAGGGAAGGAAGAGGAGAGAGAUAAGCUUUAUCUCUAUAAAAUUGUUUUAAGACAGUUUAAUGAAUGUACCAUUGCUACAAUGUAUUUUUGUGUAUAAUUACAAAUUUAAAUCUGAUAGAAGCAUAUACUCUUUAAAGUGCUAUAUUUUCAUAUUUUUUGUAUCCUUACUAAGGUUACCAUUGUUGUAUAUAUUCAAGUGUAUGUGUGUGUCUUAAUGAAGAGUUUAUAGAUAAUACA